AUGCGAGAUGAACUACUACUCGUUGCUAGAAAGAACAUGUUGUGCCUUGGCAUGGGCAGCUCACCAUUUGAGGCAAUAUAUGUUGAGUUACACUACUUGAUUGGUGUUGAAAAUGGAUCCUAUCAAGUACAUCUUCGAAAAGCCCGCUCUUAUUGGGAGAAUAGCUUAGUGGCAGAUUAUCUAGCUCAACAACCCAUAAAUGAUUAUCAAUCUAUGCAUCCAGAAUUCCCUGACGAGGAUAUUAUUGCCUUAUUUGAAGAGGAGGUUGAAGAUGAAGACAAAGAUAAGUGGGUUGUGUGGUUUGAUGAUGUGUUUAAUGCACUAGGUCAUGGAAUUGGGUCAGUGUUGGUUUCGUUGGACAAACAAUGUUUUCCUUUCAUGGCUAGGUUGUGUUUCGACUGUACAAACAAUAUGGCAGAGUGUGAGGCAUGCGCCCUAGGGAUCCAAGCAGCAAUUAACUUUAGGGUUAAGUUGCUCAAAGUAUACGAAGAUUCGGCAUUGGUAAUUCAUCAGUUGAAAGGUGAAUGGAAGACUAGAGACCACAAGUUGGUGCCUUACCAGGCUUACAUCAAGGGAUUGAUGGAACUCUUUGAUGAUAUAUCAUUUCAUCACAUUCCUAGAGAGGAAAACCAGAUGGCUGAUGCCCUUGCCACUCUAUCGUCCAUGCUCAAAGUAAGCCCUCACGGAGAUUUGCCAUGCAUCGACAUCAAAUGUCAUGUUGAGCCUGCACACUACUGUUUGAUAGAAGAAGAUGAGGAUGGUAAACUGGUACUUUGA